CUCCCCCUUCAACAAACACCAAAAGCAAAAAACCCUCCAAACUUCAGUGCGAGAGAGAGAGAACGAGAGAGAGGCCAUGAGCACUAUGAAGUUCUGCUGUGAAUGCAACAACAUACUGUAUCCGAAGGAGAAUAAGGAGCAGAAAACCCUACUUUUUGCUUGCCGCAACUGUGAACACCAGGAGAUUUCUAAUGACAACUGUGUCUAUAGAAAUGAAGUUCUGCAUUCUGUUGGUGAGCGUACUCAAGUUCUGCAGGAUGUAGCAGCUGAUCCAACUCUUCCUCGUACCAAGACUAUCAGAUGCACAAAGUGCAAUCAUCCGGAAGUUGUCUUCUUUCAGGCUGCUGCGAGAGGGGAGGAAGGUAUGACGCUGUUCUUCGUGUGCUGCAAUCCGGAUUGUGGUCAUCGGUGGAGGGAUUAAUAUGCUUUUAUGAUGUCUAAACUUCAUGUUGGCAUCUCCUGUUGUGUUCUUCAAACUAUGAAUAAUGUUGACUUAGUAUAUCAUCCACAUACUGUGUCUUAUAGUGGUUCAGAACCAUCUCUUGGCUAGUUGCAGUUCAACACUUUGAGCUUCUAGUUCAUUUGCUACUCUCUUGUGUUAGAAACCACGAAAAUUAUCAAAAUCGAAUUUUAAACGUAUGUUUUGCUUGUUCUC